ACGUCACCAUUAUCGUAAGCUAGGCCAGCUUCAUAAAGUGUUGUGCCAAGAGUAGAUCUGUGCAUAGCGCAUUAUGAUCAGUGUCAUUGCUAAUACUACUAUGAAACCUAGAACAAACUUCUCAACACUAUUUUGUUUGAUACUCGUCAGCAUAAUUUUUGCUCAAGACAUCACUCAGAGUCAGAAUAGAGAAGGCAAUGAGAUUACGUUCAACUGUGAGUCCAUUGGAAACGAGAUUACGAUUGGAGUAGUCAGUCUCCGUGCCGAUGGUUCAUCCGAAACAUCUAUGGAUAUGGAUAGAAACUCACACACAAAGACAUUCACCGUAACUCCAUCAGAUGAGAAGGCUGCUUAUUGUGAAGUUGGUGGUGUGUCCACAGAUUUGGUAUAUUUUGGAGCAAUACCGAUUCUGGAACCAACAAUAACGACAUUUCUUGCAAUUGUCGGACACGAAAUUAUGCUACUAUGUCCUUACGAACGAGGCACAGCAAGUGAUCACAUUCAGCCUUACCAUCAUAUCUGGGUUAAUACAGACAAUUCCAACUUUGCAAUCGAAACAGAGUUUAAUCGAACACUGAAUGCUUCUGUUUUAAAGCAGUCACCUGAUGUUUCUACUUAUACCUGUGCUCUGAGGAUGCAGGAAUGCAGUGUAUGUCAAUCAGUGGUCGAUUAUCCUUCUUUGAUUAGGCCACAAUUUAAACUUACUAAAGUUGUGGUACUUUCAAUUGAUGUUCCUCCUGCUAACCAAUUUGUGUCCGCUGAUUCUUCUGUCACCUUUGAAUGUGCUGCCAAUGGGACGAGUAUAGAGAUUAAAUGGACAUAUAAUGGAGAUAUCUACACUGCUGACGAUGAAAAUGUCACCACCUCUCACGUGGAUUCGGCUUAUGUUCGGAGCAUAUUAAAAAUAUCGUCCCCUAGCAAUGGAAGUGUUAUUUGUAUUGUUCGUCAAUCAUUCGAUGGUACCAUUUCAUCACUGAAUAAUGACGACUUUAACAACACUUUACAAGAACAGAUCAUGAAUUCAACUGCAGAACUUAUAGUAACACAACUAGUAACACCACUAACAACAUCGUCUCCCACAACUAUGCCUACUACCACUGCACCAGCAGUACCAACUGAUAGCCCUCCAUUGAUAAUUGCUUUUGUUUGUCUCGGUAUUGCUGCUCUUAUUGCCGUAACUGUUACUGUGACGGUUGUUGUUGCUUUAACCUGUCACUACCACUACAAAUAUAAGAGAAAUAGUACACUUGGAAGAUUCUUGUCUCGUGCUGUCUCUCGACCUUCUAAUAGAUCUAAUAGAGCCAACCCUGGAGCUGAUUUGCCUUCAAAUGGUGAUGGAAUAGUCUCGAGCUCAGCGUUUCAACCAGCAAGUGAUUACCACGAUUCCACACAUACUGAUAAUCAGCACCAAGAACAGAUUUACAAUGCCUCACAGUUUUCAAAAUCCUCGGGUGGCUCUUACUCAGGUCUUUCUGGGGUCUCAAACCAAGAGCUUGGUGCUGCUCACAAAAUGCCGAAUUAUUGUGCAACAGAGGUAAGUGGUGGCUCCUUCAACGCUCAAAGCUCUAUCACAAAUGAUGGCCUUCUAGCUCCCCCACAUGCAAUUGGCACCAGUCGCUCGCAACGAUCAUCCAAUGUAUCCGACGGCUCAAACCAGUCUCAAUCUAAGGCAGCUGCAAAACCUCGACUUACACAAGAAGUUUUAAGUCAGCAUAUGCAAAAAGCCACCUCAAUCCAAAGUGUUUAUGGUCCUCAGUCAUAUGGUGGAUACCGGAGCUAUCAGCUUCAAAAUAAUUUACCACAACAUCACAGUGAUAAUGGCUUCUUUUCACAUCAACGUCAAUAUACUCAUGACCACAUGAAUCCUCCUCUUAAUCUUUUGCCAACUCACUCUCCCGCUGGUGCUACUGUGGACACCAAUUCCCCUUAUGUCUUGACAAAUGCCCCUUUCCCACAUUGUCAAACUCUGCAAAAUGAGCCAGCACCAUUUCCCAGUGAGCAUACGAAUGAUGAAAAGAGAAUCUCCGAAGAAACAAUUGAAACAGUUUUGAAAUCUUUGAUGCACAACAAACAUUGCCGUAUUCCUAAAUGUCAAUGCUAUAAGAUUCAGGAGCUAUACAAAGAUGCAACUGGCAAACAGGGGCCGAAAAAACAACAUAGUAGUAGUUCUGAAUCAUCCGAUACUGUAUUUGACAAGCGGAAAAAUCUUUACCUUCCACUGUCUCCGAAGAAUAUGUCCGAAGUGAAGGAGUUUCUGCCUCAAGCCAGUCGAGAUGAUCCCAUGUUACACCCUCACUAUCAUCGUGGAAAAAAGACACGCGUACGAAGCUCCAACCCGAGGCCCCCGCUUGAACGUAGGCGAUCCAAGUCUGUUGAUUUGUCACCUCUUGGAGAAUGUUCAGAAUCUUCUACGAAAACACCAAAAGUUGGUGGCAGUUUGAUAGCAGGUACCCCUGUAUGUGGUACACAUACGCUCGAGGAUGCAAUAAGAAUGUCUGAUCAAAAUACUUUUAAAUUUAGUGGUGGGAAAAAUAUGCAACUUUCGUCUUUUCAACCUGCUCCUUUUUCAAAAGACUCUCAAGCUGAUUGCUAUGACCAAGGCUCCAUGUCUGCUGACGAUCUCCCAACCCUCUGUCUGAAUGACUGUCCCUUUGUGAGUACUCCAAGGGAAGAAACCAAGCAUCUCAAACCUCCUCCUGUGAAGCGAUUGUCUUCUGGGAAGCCUGUCCUGUCUCCCAUUGGUGAAAAAAGCAAGGAAGUAGAUACUGAUGAGAGUGAUACAUCCUCACGCUCCGACUCUCCCCCUGAGCUAACCAAGACAUGUUCUUCUGACCAUGAUGCUGAUAGCGCUCGCGGUGGCAGUGUGAGUGACUCCAUAAUGUCUCACGGUCGACUUAUACAUUGGGAGACUAGCCAUGGGCCCACUAGAGAAAUCUCUCAAGGUUAUCAUAGUGAGACUUUGUCAUCUGAAGCUAGUGUUCGCAACUCAUAUAAACUAAAACAAAAAACACACCGAAAUCUGUCAAGCAAGUGUGGGUCUGAUCAUUCUCAACGCUCAACCUCUCCUGCAUACGAGACUGUUGUGACUGUCUCAGACGAUGGUAAUAGGGUACAUACAACAGAAUGUUAAUAGACUUUUUGUAGUGCAUUUGUAUUUUUCCACAAUUAAUUUUAUUGCUGUAUGAUUGUAUUGGUCGUGGUGUGUGCACAUCAUGGUUGGAUGCUGCAUAAUCAUUAUAAACGACCUUUGCCAGUUAACUUCCUCUGCACAUG